UCUAAAUCCGGAGGCCUGUGGGCGGGUCUUGGGUGGCCUGUUUAAAGUGUGUCAGAACUGUCAUUUGAUGUCUAGUCUUUCUGUUGGGGUGUGAGCACGCUGACCACUGAUUCUCUCGUGGAUAUAAGUGAGGGAGGCUAAUCCACAACCAUGACUGACGCGCAACAGGAGGCCCGCUCAUAUCUGAGCGAGGAGAUGCUUGCCGAGUUCAAGGCUGCCUUCGACAUGUUCGACACCGAUGGUGGCGGUGAUAUCAGCACCAAGGAGUUGGGUACCGUCAUGAGGAUGUUGGGUCAGAACCCAACCAGAGAGGAGUUGGAAGAAAUCAUCGAGGAGGUCGAUGAAGACGGCAGCGGAUCCAUCGACUUUGAGGAGUUCUUGGUCAUGAUGGUGAGACUCCUAAAGGAGGACCAGGCUGGCAAGAGCGAGGAAGAGUUGGCCGAAUGCUUCCGUGUACUGGACAAGAACGGUGAUGGCUACAUCGACAGAGAGGAGUUUGCUGAGAUCAUCCGCAGCACUGGUGAAUCCAUCUCAGAGGAAGAGAUUGAUGAGCUGCUUAAAGAUGGAGACAAGAACAACGAUGGCAUGCUGGACUUUGAUGAAUUCCUCAAGAUGAUGGAGAACGUGCAGUAAAACAGAGACUCACGGACAUUCCUCUCCCUCUCACCCUUGCCGACUGAAACCCUGCCCUCUCAAUGCCACUCAAACUCACUUUCCCCUUUUGUCCUCUUUCUGCCUCCAUCUCACCUCCUCAGCAGACAGACAGAUAAACACCUGUGUGGGGUUUGCCAAGGUUGGGCUCCCACUGACCCUCAUGCAAGACCCAAGGAGCCAAGCUGUGGUGUGGUUCACAGGUUCACCAUGUUAAGAUUUGCUAGAAGCACAUGCCAUGGUAGACCCCAUGUUUGUGGGUGUUUAGUCUAGAUUUAGUCUAGAUCAGCAGCUUGAUAUCGCUGCAUAGACCAAUGCCAAAGCCACAACCGAUUCACUGUAUUUAAGAACAAAUGCUUGAAAACAGAAUAAAAAAUAAAACACACAUUGUUUAGUUGGUCUGACAUUUUGAUUUGUAUGGUUUUGUUUUAUCAAUUAAACAUCUUUUUUUUUUC